AUGUGGGAAGAAACGUACGUACGCGCCUGCGCGAACCUCGGCGUGCAGCCGCGAAAUGAGGUUCUUGCGGCUGUGGGUGGCACUGCGCAGUUAUGUGGAAACACAUUUGCGAACUUUGAAAACCGCUUAACCGAUGAGGAGCUCGCUGCCCUAUGCGAAACCUGCCGUCAGAUUUCUCUUGUAGCCGUCGUCCGCCUUCCCUACAAUAACAUCACUUGUCGGGGCGCGACCGCUUUGGCAAAAGCUAUGAAAGAAGGGUUCAGUACACUACAGUACCUUGACUUGUCCUACAACUCUAUUAAUGAAGAGGGUGCAAACGCUAUUGCCGCGGCGGCAACUAAUUAUGAAAUGUUGUCAACACUGUUACUAAAUGGCAAUCCCAUUGGCGGUGGGUCAGGUCCAUGUCUAAAGACUCUUCUGGAAAGCGAGAAUACCCAACUGGUGACACUUGACCUCGAACAAACUGACCAGGGCUUAAAGUCGCUCGUCCACAUUGCGAGAGGUUUGGUCCACAACACGACGCUCACUACGUUGAACCUUGGCCGCCCCCUCAUGACGAACCCGAUGGAUGUGAGCUACGUCGUGGAGCAUCUUUCUCUCGCCCUGAAAGAAAACCGAACACUACGGUUUUUGGGGUUGAGCCACUUCAAUAUGGCAGAUUGUGAUCUGGCAUUAUUACUCUCUACGCUGCGCGACUCGGCGGUAACAACACUCUCACUGAAAGGCAACAAAUUAUCUCAAGCUUCAGGUGAACCUCUCGCCCAACUACUGGCGCACAGGCCUGACUUUCUUUCGCUGGACGUAACGGCGAAUCGGCUGCGGGAUGUCGGCGCACUCGCAAUUGCUGCAGUCAUCGCCAAUCAUCCAGGGUUGCGCGAGCUGCAGAUUGGCUUUAACACAAUCGGUGGAGUCGGCAUUUCCGCACUCGCUCAGUCGCUGGCGGCAAAUGCCUCAAUCACUACAUUAAAGCUGUGGGGUAAUGAUCUCACCGAUGAGUCGGUGAGGGACCUAUAUGCUAUACGAGGCCGAUUCGAAUCGAUGGAAGUUACAGACUUCAGUUUCUAUGUUGUGGAUGGUUGUCCUAUGGUGGCAAGGGAGUAG